GUCAUGGCAAAAGGGAUGAGAAGACGAAAUUGGAGCAGGGUUGGCUGACGAUUGCCUUAUCGAUAGUUCAGCGGACUCACAUCCGAUAUUCAAAGCAGUGCGGCUCAUCCCCUUUCAACGUACGGCAAACCCAUUCGGUCUUCACCUUUAUGAUUAAAUUUGUUGAUGCGGCUGCAGUGUGAACCAUUUUAAAUAUUCGUCGUGCUCGCAGCGAUAACUGUGACGUGAAUGCCAUCACUAGCGGUGCCCCAUCUAACUCCCAUCUCUAAUGAGCAUUUAGUGUCUUCAAAAGAAGUUGUAUUUUUCUGGAAAAAUCGCAUUGAAAUGUUUGAAAAGAAGAGCGACAAGGUUAAGCAAGCGGAGCACAAGGCCCGGGAUGAUGGCGUAGAGCUGGAGAGCCAGUUUAUCAUGCGCGUGCCGAAGGAACUGGCGGACACGGUCCAUGAGGCAAUAAAUGCUGGCACCAUUAAGGACCGGCUGACCAUCCAACUGGAUCCGGAUCUGAGGUACGGUGAAGUGCGAAUAGAUGAUCAGAUACUGUACACGAAACUCGUGGAUUUGCCCACCGUCGUCGAGAGCUACAAGACCAUUGACAACAAGAGCUUCUACAAGUCGGCAGACAUCUGCCAAAUACUCAUUUGCAAGGAGGAGCGGGAGGACGAGACGGAAAAGGAGUCGCCCAACAAGAACAAAAAGAAGGACCCCAACAAGGUGGACAAAAAAUACCUCUUUCCGCACGGCAUCACACCGCCGUGCAAGAAUGUGAGAAAACGACGAUUCCGCAAAACUCUGAAGAAAAAGAAUGUCGAAGCUCCCGAGAUUGAGAAGGAAGUGAAACAUCUGCUGCGCAUUGACAACGAGGCUGUCAGAGUUGACUAUGAAAUCAUAAACGAAGAGGACAAGCCAAUGGAUGAACUGGAGCAAUCGGACAUCAAACCCUACAACGAUGCGGAUGACGAUUUGCAGGACGAAAGCACCAUGCAUGCCAGCGAAAAGACGAUCAUGGAAAUGAGCUCCCAGCGGCACCUCCAAGUGGAGUCCGAUGAUGACGAAGCCAGCAACUUUCCCUCACACCGGGCGCCGAACAUGGGAGUUGCUGUCCACGACAUCUUCGGCGAGGAAGUGUCCAGCACGGAUGACGAGGAUGAGCCCGAUCGGGGCAAUAACACCAUGCAGCGGCGGGUGAUGGAGGAAUCCUCACGACUCUCGGCUGAUGAUUCACGAAUGUCGGACUUCUUUGGCGCUAGUGGCAGUAAUACUGGAGCGGGCGUAGUGAAAAUGGAGCAGAACGUGUUCAGCAAGUCUAUGUUUGGGCAUGAAGCCAGCAGUCCUAAGCUCAGCGCCGCCGGAUCAAGCUCCAACCUUGCUGCUCCCAGUGGCUUCUACGAUAGCCAAAUGCUAGCCAAGCGCGAGGAGUUCGAGAACAUGGAAUUCAUAGACGAACCGCAGCCGCAGUACACGCAGCAACAGGUCCAGCAGAAGAUCAAUCAACUGACGCGCCAGAUUCGUGAACUGAAAGCGCAGCAGGUGCAAAAGUCAACGGAAAUUGCUUCCAUUCAGAAUGCCACACUCAAACAACGAAUGCAGGAAACGCUUGAUAAUCUCUACACACAGGUUAUUGAAAGGGAAUUGGAGCUGAAGGACUUCGAGAAUAUGCUGGAGUCUUAAGAUACAGAUAUAAUACAAAUGGUGGACUAGCAUAAGUUAUAAUAAAAACUAUGUACAUACAUAUUCGGAUGUUACUUCAAACUAUUUACGACUUCAACGCCAGUUUCUGUUGUUAAAGUAAACCUUAGACAAGAAAUUUUGCCAUAUCAUUGGUCAACUCAUUAUUUGUGUAAAAUUAAAGUGUUUCCUCAGUAUUGAUAAGAAUGAUUAUUUGCAAAGCAACAGAGCACGACAAUUGAAUCUGUUUUUAAGUAUUUAUUGCAGUGGACUUAUCACCAAUUAAUCAUCUAAAAUUCAAAAGAAUCAUAUCCGAAUGCCUCCAGUGCUUGUGGAACCCAUGACCUCCUUAGGAAAUGGUGCAUUGCCGCACAGAGCAACUGGCCUUCGGACCUUGGAGCAUACUGCUCGAUAUCAUGCACGUAAUUUCAUAUCUUCGAUAGCUAGAGAGAGAAAAUAGAGUCUGUUUAAUCAAUAGUCUAAGUGUCUUUAUUAUUGGCAUUUGCAAACAACAAAUUUUAGUGAUAUUCAAGAUGGGCAACAAAGAGUUAUGUAUUUUGUACUAUGAGUAAAGUUCCAGAGGCAAAACCAGACAU